UAGUCCAAAGAAUAAUGUUGUUAUUCUUGGCAAGUAUUCUUCACUCUUUAACAGCUUCUUUGAAGUUUAUAUUUUUUAGUUAAUUAUUUUAUUUAUUUAUUGUUAAAAGUUCGUGAUGGGGUCGGAUGCUUUAACCAUCAUUCCUCGUUCGGAUUUGACUAGAUGUUUCAGCAAUUGUGUCUUGACAUUCAGUCAUCUAACUGAUGACAAAAAAAGGGAAGAUCUUCAAAUCAAGGUAAAGAGAAUGGGUGGUAAAUUAAAAGAUGGAUUGACUAAAAAAGUUACCCAUUUAAUCACUCUUGAUUGGACCACAGCUAAAUCAUUAUAUGUUCGAAAGCAUAAACUGUCCAAAGUUUUAAUGGAACCUAAAUGGAUCGAUGCUGUUUACAAUCAAAGCGGAAGUGAAAUACUCCCAGCAACUCAUCCAUCUUUUCAAAGGUUCAGGCUACCUCUCUUUCAAGGUUUCACGAUUUGUUUUUCAAUGGUCCCGCUUGAAAAGAGAUCACUCAUCAAGCAGAAGGUUGAAAGAAAUGGCGGCAAAUAUGCGGGCGAUUUUAACCCAUCCGUUGUCACUCAUUUAGUCGUUAUGGCUCCUGAAGGGAAAAAAUAUGAUCUAUCACUGAAAUAUGCAUCGAUAAAAAAAGUGAGUUUUCACUGGUUUCUAGACUCAAUACAACAAGGAGUUCCCUUAAUGGAAGAGGAUUACCCGCCAAAAAAUUAUGAAUUAUCCGAAAGUCUGCAGAACCAAAGUAAACGUAAAUCAGGUGAUAUGUUUCCCAAUAUGGGCGAUUUCGUGUCGAAGAAAGCAAAGUUAAAUAUAUUCAACAAUAAACAAAACAAGAAGACUGACACGAGAAUAAGCCUACAAAAACAGGACGCUGAUGUUAGCCUCGCUGAACAAAAGGCCGACGAAUUUGAAAGCAUACUUAAAGAUUUGGGGAAUCGACAAGUUGAACGACCUAAUCAAGCGUUACUUAAACCUCGACCUAAUCAAAGUCAGAAUGAAAAGAAACCUCAAGGAAUGCUGUCCUUAACAAUGACCAAAUCAAGCCAAUCGAGUGAAAUCAGCGUCAGCUUACCCGUUCUUUGGGAAGGUUCUUCCGCUUGACUCAACUUAAUGUUUGAAGGAUAAUACAUUUACUCAUUAACUCAUCAUAUUUUAUUUACUAUUUUUUUUAUUUAAAACAUUAUUUUCAGUUGUUGACUGUCUAAUAAACUGGCGAAACGAAAAAUUGAUUACCAUAUUUAAUUGAUUAAUGGAGCAAAAUUAUCAAAUAAAAGUGAUUUGAUACAUAAU